AUGAGCUCUCGGUUACCCCUUCUCCUGCCGACGGAUUUUGACGUCCUGUACUGUGAACUUGUCUGAUCGUCCUUGGACUCGCAACUACGGCAUGUUUACAGAAGGUUAUUUACAAGAUACUAACCGACAACUCCCGGUGUCACGGCACGGAAUACUCGAAGCUGUACGAAGAUCGCUUUUCAUAGGAGUGGUUUGACAACACGACAAAAGAAGAGAACUUCAGUAGCAUCUAGUAACUCGAAAAACUAAAUAGGACCUGAUUGUCAUCUAACAAUGGGCGACACAGUCACUCUCGAAACACCUCAAGGGAAAUUGCGGGGUCGCAGAACCACCUCGAAAUCCGGCAAGCCUCUUCUCAGCUUUUUGAGCGUGCCCUACGCUCGACCACCUGUUGGGGUUCUCCGAUUCAAGCCCCCUCAAAAGCUUGAACCAUGGUCUGGAACUCGUGAUGCUUUAGAACCUGCUCCUGUCUGCCCCCAAGAAAAUGUCAUGAAUGGAGAGAUUAUAGGGCAAGAGGAUUGCUUGUAUCUCCAUGUAUACACACCUCAAUUGCCAUCUGCUGGAGCAGUUCUAAAGCCUGUUAUGGUAUGGAUCCAUGGAGGUGGAUUUACAAAUGGAACUGGAAAUCCAGAUAUGUAUGGACCAGAGUACUUAGUCGAUGCUGACAUUGUGCUUGUUGCAAUAAACUAUCGAGUUGGUAUAUUAGGAUUUUUAAGUUUAGAUAAUGAAUCAGCACCAGGAAAUAUGGGCCUGAAGGAUCAAGUUGCAGCACUGCAUUGGGUAAAAGAAAAUAUUGCGGCAUUUGGUGGAGAUCCGAAUAAUGUCACUAUAUUUGGUGAAAGUGCCGGAGGAGCUUCUGUCCAUUAUCUGAUGCUAUCUCCACUGACAAAAGGAUUGUUUCAUAAAGUUAUUGCUCAGAGUGGAUGUGCCCUUAAUCCUUGGGCAUUUUCACUCACAAAUAAAGAACGAGCUUUUAAAUUGGGAGAAGCUUUGGGCUGCAAAACUGCAGAUCCUAAUGUGUUAUUGAAAUUUUUAAUGAAGGAAGAUGCCUUAAAUUUGAUCAGAGUUUCAAGAAAUUUAUUUCCUUCCUCAGAAUGUAUCAGGACCCUUCAAUUUCCAUUUGUGCCAACCAUAGAACCUAAAUCAACGGAUGCUUUUUUGACGGAACAUCCAAUGGCUGUUUUAAGAAGUCGACGUUUUCACAAAGUACCUCUGAUGAUUGGUGUCACUUCACAUGAGGGAAUGGUUACUUUGAAAGAUCUUCAAGAUAAGCAUUUGCAAGAUUACAACUCUAAAUUUGGUGCACAAUUACCUGAGUCUCUGAGUCAUGAAAGCAGUUCUGUGCCAUUAUCAACUGUAGCAUCUGGAAUAAAACAUUUUUAUUUCAAUGAUAAACCAAUAUCAAAAAACAAUUUAUCACAGUUCACUGAUUUUCAGUCAGAUCUUCAUUUUGUGGAAGGUGUGUAUGCCACAGUGAAAUUAACCAUUGCUGUAUCAAUUGCCCCUGUAUACUUGUACAAGUUUAAUUUUGAUGGAUCAUUGGGGUUUGGUAAGCAAUUUGUGGGAGUAGAAAUGGAAGGUGCUUGCCAUGGUGAUGAUUUAGGAUACCUAUUUCGAAUUCCUCUAGUAAAUAUAGACAUAGAUCCUUCAUCUCUAGAAAUGAAUACGAUAAAUCGAAUGGUUUUGCUCUGGACCAAUUUUGCAAAGUUUGGGAAUCCUACACCAACUCUUAAUGAAAGUAUUCCUGUUUACUGGCAACCCUGUUCCAUAAGGAAUUUCCGAUGCCUAAACAUCGACAAAGAAAUAACAUUAAAAGAAUUUCCAGAAUUAAAGCGCAUGAAGUUCUGGGAAGAUAUGUACCGAAGCAAACUUUGAACCUGCUAUUUUAAUAUUUGAGAGUACUUAUGUGCAAUUUUCUUUUGCAUAGUAUUGGAUUAUUUGCUAGAUUAUAAGUUUACAACAAUACUUAAAUAUCAAUGCCAAAAAUAUAAAAGGAGAACCUGAAUAUAAAGGAGAAGAAAAGGAGAGAUAAGAAAGAAGAGAAGACAAAUAUGGAGAGCAAAUAAUAGAGCAAUUCUAUUGACUUGCCGCCAAUGGGUUCAUGACAAGAUGAUAAACAAAAUAUCCUUUGAAAAUUUUUCUCACACGUUGUCUGGUACUUCUAAAACAUACUUUUUAUGAAUUUUUAAUUAUGGAAGAAGUCAUUGACUGGACUAGGCAAGGCUAGGUCGACUACCAAGUCUCUUAAGGAGCAGGCAACGACUCCAAAGGGUGUAAAUACAGGGCCAUCAUUUCUCUGAUUCCAUUUCAAUGAAUGAAACUAGACUUGUGAAUAUCAAGAAAAUUAAGCUUUCUUUCUGGUGAAGAACAGAACACAAUGUUACUUAUCACCAUAGGUGAUGCUGAUUUGCUAGCUUUUUGGAAAAUAAGAUCUCUAAAAAACUUGUAUUUCAUAACUGAAGAGUUUGUAAGCAAAAUGUCAGCAAAACUGUAUCACUAUAAUAUCCAAUGUUGGUGAAGUAUUAAUGCAGAUGAAAUAUUUCAAUCUGUAUACUUUAGCACAAGAUAUGUUCUUCAGAAAAAUCUUUGAAAAGAUCAUUCCUGCAAGUGCAUUUUCUAUAAAUAUAUUAUUGCAGUAUUAAUGAAAAUAUUAUACUAAUUUCAUUUUGUUUGUAAGUAAAUUGAGGAUUAAAAUCGGAAUUAUUCUGCAUGAUCCACAUUCAGAAAAUUAAGACUAUAAGAUUUGUAAAAUGGUUAAAUUCAGAAUUUGUAUAAUUUGGUGUAUCUUUGUUUCAAAACCCAUUGUUGCAAUGUACAACUUAUUUUGAAUAUUUGCUCCUAUUUUCAAAAUCUAUUUUUUAUAAUUGCAGUUUUACAUUUGAAAUUGUAGUAGGCUAUUUUGACAAGAGACUAUGUUUAAUGUUAUUAAAAAAUACAUUUGUUAAGAUUAUAAAUAAAUAUUGAAAUGUUUAUCUUUAUUUUAUUUGUAUAUAAAAGUAAUUGAACAUUUGAUAUUGUGUUAGGCAUUAGCUUGACAAUGAACCAAC